AUGAGUGCGAAUCUGAGUCGCCGUAGGGUUGAAAAAGAAAGAGGGUUUCCGAGUUUUUGUAAGAAGUGUGGAGAAGCUGCUAAGAUUUUCACUUCUAAGACCAUCAAAAACCCAGGAAGACUUUUCCAUGGUUGUCCUAAUGGGAGUGAAGAGGAUAAGAAUCAUUUGUUUAAAUGGACUGAUGAAUCUGCUGUAGAAGAAAUUGAAGAUAUGAAGAGCCAUUUGGAGCUUCAGUCUCAGAGAUGUGAAGAUGUAACAAGAAGCUAUGACAAAAAAAUUGAAGAUUUGGGUGAUGCUCUAGCUGGAUUUGGGAAAGAGAUGAAAGAGAUGAAAGAGUUGGUUGAUGGGUAUGAGAAAGAUAUGAAGAACUUGAAGAAGAUGGUUGUUUGUGGAGUUGGAAUGAUGGUAGUGUAUUACUAUUUUGCUAUGUAG